AUGCACUACACCAAGUCUCGACAUACGUUGGCCGUAGACAAAAUUCGCUUAACAGCUGCUUGUGGGAAACUCAGCAACACACGGGAUCCCUCACCUGAAUGUUGUGACAACUGCCUGUAGUGUUUUCAAAAUUCAAACCAAAGCGGGACGGAUAUUUUUGUUGUGUUGCAGUGCCGCAGCCCGGGGGUGGCCCGGGAUAUUGAAACACGGUACCCCCCGCCAGCGCCGUGCUAGCCCGUGCACUUCUGUGUCGUUGCCUUAGACUGCUGCGUGUGGCCGGAGCCAUGGCUACCGAACCUGAGCGCGUGCUGAGAGCAGCAGCGAAGAUCGCCGCCGACGAAUCAGGAACGGGCGUGGUUGAGCAGGCCGCCGCUAUCCACGUGACCAUCAACGGCAACCCUUACCCGUACGAGUGCGUCCUCGACACCGCGGGGAAGUACACAGAGGCCUCGCCGCCGGAAGUCUUGCGGGCCAGGCUCCACCUCACCUAUGCGUCCGAAGAGGUGUUCCUCGGGCUUGCUCAUGAGCGCAUAGGUCCCCGCGCGGCCAUGCUAACCGGCAAGCUCAAGUUUCGGGGAGAGAUGAGCCUUGGCAUCAAGCUCGGGCAUUGGAUACGGAAGGCUAUGGCGCUACAAGCCGCCACCCCCGAUAGGCCGCAGGCAGUCGACAGGGGCAAGUGGGAGAAAGAUGAGGACGUCAAGCGGUGUGCUGUCUGCCGAAGGGAUUUCACGGUGUUACGCUGGCGUCACCACUGCCGCUUUUGCGGCCGGGUUGUUUGCGAAGACUGCAGCGCUGCCAAGGUUGACGGGCAGAGGGCUUGCGAUUCUUGUCUCUCCCGCACCGACCCGGUCGCCACUGAGAAACCUUCGGCGAACCUGGCGGAAGGCGCGGGGGGCUUCCGGCGAGACCGCCAGAAGCUGCAGCAGCAGGAUGAAGGGGAGGCAGCAAGGGAGCUGCAGACCCGCGUGCUUGAGUUGGAGGAGGAGAUUGACCACAUCGACAAGCGUGCCUUCUCAGCUAGAGCGCGGGUGCUUCGCCACCUGAUGCUGAUGGUGUACCGGCUGAUAUCCCUGGGACUGUUGGCGAUGGUGCUUUUGAGCGCUCACCUCUCGGCGACUCUGUUGUCAAGACAGUUCGGACCGAAAAUUUUUGAGGCAAAUAAGGUCACGGUCGACGCCUCCGCGCUGUCGGCUGUGGGUGCGAGAGGGGCAAGGCUCUCCUCCGCGGUGGGGGAUGCCGCAGGGCUUGCGUUCUCCCAUGCGGCGGAAGCGUUGUUGCCCGCCAGCAACGCCACCGCUUCCGCCACCGAGGUUCAAGGGCAGGGCAGUGAUGCCGGCGGCGGCGGCGGCGGCGGCGGCAGGGGUAAGGAGGCUACCGUUGCGAGGGGAACAGGCGGUGACGCCGGGGUUGGGGUGAGGGUCUCGCCCACCACAUGCGCCGAGGGCGACGUGUGCGUCGCCGAGGCCAAGGACGGCGGUGGUGUUAGGUCGCUCCAAGAUGCGGCAGCAGCGGCUGCAGCAGCGGCAACGGCAGCGGCGUCCGCCGCAGCGGCAACGGCAGCGGCGGCGGCGGCAGCAGGGGGCAGAAGCAAGGGAUCGUGGACGAUGCCAGAAGAGGAGGGGAAGCGGCCACCGCCUGAGAGCAAGGGUCAGCAGAGACCUCAGCAAGAUGAGCCCGGGUCCGCUCCUCCCAGCGGCAAGCUGCACCUUUCGAUGUCGUUGUACUGGGCGGUCAUGGCGUUGGUGGUGGUGUGCCUGAUUGUGCACCAGCGGAGGUCGGAGGGGCUGAUCCUGCGGCGAGUGAAAACGUUCUGUCUCGCGGGGACCGCUAUUUUUGCCCUCAAGAUGACCAAGACGCUCACGCAGGGCAUGAGUUCCGACGAGUCUGACGACACGUGGGCGGACGUGCACAAGCUGCUUGCGCCAUUCGUCUACCAGAGCAUUCUUGACGUGGCGGGGAUGUGGGUGAAGACCGGACAGUAUCUGAGCUCGCGGGCGGAUGUCAUGCCCCAGCCGUACCUUGACGAGCUGUCCAAGCUUCAGGAUGCCGUGCCCGCGUCGCCGUUCGAGGAGGUGGACGAAACCGUCAGGGAGCAGCUGGGCCGCCCUCUGGCGGAGCUCUUCGCGACGAUAGACCGGGAGGCCCUCGCCAGCGCCUCGGUCGCGCAGGUCCACCGGUGCAAGCUUAAGGACGGGCGAGAGGCGGUGAUCAAGGUUCAGCACCGACGCGUGAGGAAGUUGUUUCUCGAGGACCUGAGGAAUAUCAGCCGCCUUGUCAGGAUGGUUGCCUGGGCGGAGAAGGACUACGACUUCCGUCCGAUCAUGAACGAGUGGACGAAGGAGUCGUACAAGGAGCUUGACUUCGUCUGCGAGGCGAAGAACCUUCACAGGAUCGGCGCCGCAAUGAAGCGCUCGGGGCUGGACGUCAUCGUGCCGGAGUUGGUCCCAGAGUUCACGCGCAUGAAGGCGAGUGUGGUGGUGAUGACCUUUUGCGAGGGCUUCAAGGUGACCGAUCCCAAGGCCCUCGCCGCCGUGGACAUCGACCGGGAGGCCGUUAUGCGAUCGGUGACCGAGUCUUUCGCGUACCAGAUUCACAUCGACGGCCUGUUCAACGGGGACCCGCACCCAGGCAACAUCCUCUUGCAACCGGCGGCGACUUCGUCGAGAUCUGAUGGGAAGCGCGACCACGGGUCCAGGGCAGCUGUGCCUGUGCUGCUAGACUGGGGGCUCGCUAAGACGCUUCCAGACCAUCUCAGGAUCGCUUUCAGCCGGUUCAUCUACGCCGGGUGCGAGCACGACUUCGUGUCCAUGCUCAUCGCGUUCGAGGAGAUCGGCAUCAAGCUGAACCGAUUCGAUCCCGCCGAAGACAUGCACAACAUCCGCUUCCUGCUUCGCGACACGCAGCCGGCCUCCGAAGCCAAGAAAGACGCCGUGCAGUUCCACAGGAGGAUCGCGAAGAAGAGGGGCCGGGGGCUCAAGAACCCCGUCGACGCCUAUCCCGGCGAGCUGCUCUUCUUCUUGCGCGUGCACGUUCUCCUGAGAGGACUGGCGGCACGGCUGCAAGUGCGACAAAGGUACAUGGACAUCAUGGCCCCCUACGCGACCAAGGCUCUUCGCGAGAUGGUGCCCGCGGAGGAGCGUGCGACGCAAGCCUUGUACCCUUCCCCCGUGCUCUCCCUCCUCGAAAUCAAAGUGCGCAAGCUGCUGGAAGGCCUCGUCGAACGAGGUCAGAUCACGGGAUGCCAGGUGUGCGUGAUCUACAGGGGCCAGACUCUCGUCGACCUCUGCGCCGGGACGCAGGGGCCGGUGGACCCCCGCCCGGUUCGGCCCUCGACCCUCUUCUGCGUAUUCAGCGCCGGCAAGGCAGUGUGCUCCACCGCCGUGCACCUCCUGGCGGACCGCGGCCUGCUGCGCUACGACCAGCGGCUCUCGGAGCUGUGGCCGGAGUUUGCGACCAACGGAAAGCUCAACACCACGGUGCGCCACGUGCUUACGCACUCGACCGGACUGCAGCAUGCCUUUCCCGACAAGGCGACCUUCGACAGGGUCUGCGACUGGGGCGAGGUCCAGAGGACCCUCGAAGACGCGCAUCCUGCGUGGCCCCCGGGGUCCCGUGCCUCGUAUCACUACUUCACGUUCGGCUGGUUGGUGGCGGCUGUGGUCGAGAGGGUCGCCGGCGUCCCCUUCGGAAAGUUCGUUCGUGACGAAAUCGCCACCCCGCUGGGGCUAGAGGACUCCUUCUUCAUGGGGGGCCUCAGCGCGUGCGGCGUGGAAGCAAGCCGGAUCGCCCACGUGGAGCACAAGUUCAAGAUUCCUGGCCGUUCGGGGGUCGGUCUCGGCUCUAAAGACGGGAGCGAGUCGGCGGCGGGAGCGGGGGCGACCAAGCAGGAAGCAACGGAAAGCGGCAGCAGCACCACAGCCACUACCACCAGCAUCACCGACAGCAGCAGCAGCAGCAGCGGCGGUGGGUUUAGCAGGAAGAGCGUCGCCGCCGUCGUAGGUCCGGAACCUUCUCUGGACUCGAGCCAGCACGCGGCGGGCGAUGACGUCAUCGUUGGAACGGAGGACAUCGACGAGGGCCUGGACGAGGAUGGUGCGCCACGCCUGGGUCUUCUGGCGACGAUGGCCUCUGCCCUUAUGGAGGACGACCCUGAUGAGGGCGCCGCCAUCGACGGUCUUGCGCGUAAGCUUGCUGGGAGGGAGUAUUUCCUUGACCCGCGGGUGUUCAACUACCCUCAGAUGAGGGAUGCUUGCAUACCCGCCGCGAACGGCCACAUGACGGCCAAGGCCCUCGCCACCCUGUACGACAACUUCCUGGGGUCGUUGGGGCUGAGCAGCAACGCCAAUGUUAAGACCAGCUCUAGCGGUCGCCGGCGUGUGGUGGCAGGACCGAGCACCGCCACCGCCGCUGUUGCCCUUGCCAAGCCUCCGCCUUUGCUUUGCCGUGCUCGAGUUAACGAAAUGCGGGCGUACCAGGUGAAGGAAAGCAGCUCGCUCCACCUUUUCUUCGGUCUCCCAAUGGGGGGCGUCCGGUACUCGCUGGGCUACCAGAUGUUCGGCUUCCGCGAGAAGCCGAAGCCGCAGCAGCUGCAGCGGCGGCACGAGCCCGCGUCUGGCGCGAGCAGCAGGGGAAGCACCACCAGCAGCAUCUUCGGUACCCGCCGAAGGCUGAGCGAGAACAGCACCGCUCUCCUGGGCGGAGGGAGCACGACCGGAAGCACGCUCUUCAGCAGGGCCGCUUCCUUGUUCGGGGGGGGAGAGUCUGAUGACGGCACAGUGCCCAUGACUGACGCUGCUGCUGCUGCUGCUGCCCCCGCCCCCCGGGGCCGCGUGCGAUUGUCGGGGCUAGGCCACGUGGGAAUGGGCGGUAGUGUGGCUCUGUGUGACCCGGCCUCCGGUCUGGCGUUCGCCAUGGUCACCAAUAAGGUGGCCACCGGCCGCGAAUGUUCCACUGCAGUGCUGAGCCUUGUGUGCGAGGAGCUGGGCAUCGGAGAUCCGUCGCACUUCUUCGAGGACUAGCACAGAUGUCGUUGCGAACCGGAUGGGCGGCUACAUGGUUGCGGUGCGUAUACGAGCGCAAAGGAGCAUUUCUGUCUUGCACGGAUGUGACGUGCAGCAGCCUUUCGUAGCGGUGCAGGUACAGGGUGUGACUCCUCGGGUUGUUUGGUGCUGUUGGCCCUCGAGAGGUUGGGAUACGAUGUACUAGACGGGCGAGCUGUGCGCGUUGUCCGAUGUCGCAGUACAUAGGUUCGAACAAUUACAGGAUAGCUGUGCCGCAUGUUUUUGUUUUUCUUUCGUGUUUGUUCGGGAGGAGCGGCAUUGGGGGUGGAACGUUUGGCUAGCUUUCCUCGCAAGGUGUGACGGUACUGAAGUGGGAAAGCUAUAGAUAGUCGUGUUCUGGUACGCACCAAGGCACUCAUUCUGGCGACUUGAAAUGCCUCGUUCGCGACAAGGUUGAUUCAUCCCUAGGUUUGGACUGUAGGUCAGGAGUUCAGAGCCAAUAACAAGUCUCUCCGUCGCGAGCACGGUUGUCCCCGUGAAUGUAUACAGUCGAUGCUAUGCUAUGCUACAGGAGGCCGUCGAAAAGAAGGAGUAGGAUUGCUGAGAGGGUACAGCAGUAUGCGUGGCUGCUUUGUAAACCUCUGUCGCGGCGAACGUCGAAGGCGAGGGCCGCACAGGGGCUGUCUCUCUCUGCUCCGCGUGCUCCCCGCCUGGUACGCACAAUUGCGUAACUGCCGACCGAAAAGAGGUGCCGUGGUGGUAUGACUAACAUGUACAGUCUUCCAGGGUAGAGGUGCCGUAGGUGGGAUGGAAGACCCCUAAAUAUUUUAUGAAAAUGUAUUUUGGCUGCAUGAAGAACCGGUGUCUUGGUGCCUUGUUGUGCGGCGACGGUUGGAAGUCACCCCGUUGUUUCGCGAGUUCUCGGUUUUGGCGAUGGCCCUCAGCCAGACAUCGGGGCGUUGCCGCUGCUGUAUGGCAAGACGGGGAAACCGACUCUUCAAGCUUGGUGGAAACCUCGGGGACGGUAGUGUGUGCGGGGCGUAGGGUGUGUUGUCCUCCCAAUUGAUGUUCGUGAGGAAUAGUGAAAAACAGGGCGAAGGGCGGGUGUUGUUUUGUCGAUACCGGUUCACUACAUUCUUUUACACCGUGGAUUUGAUGUCAACGGGAAAUUGAGUGCAUCUUGUGCGGUGGUUCGGAAUCGUGCAGACGAGGCUUGUUUCAUCUCGUCGUGUGCAGUUUCCGCCCGCACUAAUAAAGCCUCCAGUUUUGGCUGAGGUUGGGGUGCUUAGCUCCUAGGUUUCCGCUACAAAGGGUCUUAAUUUAGGUGUCGGUGAAGAUGGUUCACAGAGGUGGUGCUCUAUACUGCUUUGCUGCCAAGCUCUCGGGUGCGGGCCCGAGCUGUAUCGUCAAACAUGCGGGCGCAGAUAUUUCCUGUUCGAGGUAGCUGGCACGAGCAAGUGUACGGGACAUGAUCGGCAUUACGGGAGUUGAGGGGCGUAGUCUGUGCUCCAUACGCCAGUUGUACAUGUGUGGACUUGGUGUUUGUGAACCCGUUCUCUCGGACAUAUUUGAUGAUGAUGGCCGUGCACAUCGUUCCGGCCCUUUUUUCUGUGUUAGGCUUUGCAUACCGCAUGGACAGGAUUGAGCGUAGUGCCGACGGCUUAGACCAUUGAUUGCGGUUGGUUCCCUUUCUUUGGCCCUUCUUUCUUGCCAAGAAAAGGGCAUUGGCCAAUAAACUUUGCCAUGCUCAGUUUUUUCCUCGCCUGCUUUCUGUUCGUUUCAACGACCCCGCCGGACACUCAACACGGAAAUAUCUCAAGGGAAGGGGGGGCUGCGCGUACCCGACACUUCCUUCGUACUCACGGAAUCACGCAA